UCAAGAUCAAGAUCGAGACACAUUGUAAACACGACCAUGGCUGCCGGCGGAGUCCUGAGGGGCUUUUCAAGGGCUGGAUUCAGGCCUCUACAAGCACUUAUUUCUCCCAACUAUCAGGUUCCCGUGCGGCACCUCAACCUCCUGGAGUACCAGAGCAAGGUGCUGCUGGACAACCACGGCGUGACGGUACAGCGCUUCCGCAUCCUGGACUCGGCCAAGGGUGCUGUCGAGGCCUCCAAGGACCUGAAUGCUGCUGAGUACGUUGUGAAGGCCCAAAUCCUGGCUGGCGGGCGAGGGAAGGGACACUUUGACAAUGGGUUCAAGGGGGGAGUCCACCUCACCAAGGAGUGUGAGGAGGUGGCAUCGCUAGUGGAGAAGAUGGUUGGGCAUCGCCUGGUCACCAAACAGACCCCCAAGGAGGGCAUUGUGGUCAACAAGGUGAUGGUUGCGGAGUCGGUGGACAUCCUCAGGGAGACCUACUUCUGUAUCCUCAUGGACAGAGAGCACAACGGACCGGUGCUCAUUGCCAGCCCCGACGGAGGUAUGGACAUCGAGGAGGUGGCUGCCAAGACCCCAGACCGCCUCCUGACACUCCCCAUCGACAUCACUGAAGGGCUAACAGACGACAAGGCGGGCAAGGUGGCGGACUUCCUCAAAUUUGAAGGGGCGCUCAGGGAGAAGUGUGUGAAGGAGGUUAAGAAUAUCUGGGGCAUGUUCCUGGCCGUGGACGCUACACAGAUAGAGAUCAACCCCCUCAUUGAGACGCCGCAGGGCCAGGUGGUCGCCGUGGAUGCCAAGAUACAGUUUGACGACAAUGCUGAGUUCAGGCAGAAGGACAUCUUUGGGCUUGAGGACUUCAGCGAGAGUGACCCGCGUGAGGUGGACGCUGCCAGCCACAACCUGACCUACAUCGGCAUGGACGGAAACAUUGGCUGUCUGGUGAAUGGCGCAGGGCUGGCCAUGGCCACCAUGGACAUCAUCAAGCUGCACGGCGGCUCCCCGGCCAACUUCCUGGACCUGGGCGGUGGCGUGCAGGAGCACCAGGUGGAGCACGCCCUCAGGAUCCUCACCUCAGACAAGUCGGUGAAAGCCAUCUUCAUCAACAUCUUCGGAGGCAUCGUUAACACGGCCACCAUCGCCUCGGGCCUCGUCAAUGUGUUCAAGACGGCAAGGAUUGACGUGCCCCUGGUGGUGAGGCUACAAGGAACCAACGUCGACGAGGCCAAGCGCAUCCUGGCUGAGUCCGGCUGCCCCAUUCAGACAGCGAGCGACCUGGACGAGGGCGCGAAGAAGGCUGUGGCGGCCAUCAGCUAAGGCACCCCAGCUUAGGCCCUUCCUCGACACCUCAAGAACUGCCGAGCGUACAAAUCCAAGGUGACCGAAACCCCAUAGCUGUUUUUACUGAGGUUUACGAAUGAAGAUAGACGCAGAACAGGACGAUUAAAUAGAGAAUAAGAAUAAGGAAGAUAUAUAAGGGAAGAAUGAUGAUGUAAGGAGUGAAUUAAGAAGUCAGCAGGUUGUUUCAGGGGAAGCUGUUUUAUGUAUGUGAAUCAGGGUUUGGGUCACCUUGAAAUCAUAGUAGCUUCCAUCUUUCGACAAGGUGGUGUUUAGUGACUUAUCUUGCCUCCACUUGGCCGCUGCAUCUUUUAUUCAACCAGUAAUAAGUUUGUUUUUAUUUCCGAAAGCUCAAAAAGUAUCGUGCAAGGCAAUACAUAGAAAGAUCAAAUAUGUGUUCUCGGUUCAUCCUCGUCAAAUGGGUGUUUCUAAGUGAGUAUUUCAAUGUUCUCUCCUCCACUAAGCAGCUGCGUCUUUUAUUCAACCAGUAAUGCCUUUGUUUUUAUUUCUAGAAGCUCAAAAAGUAAUGUAAAAGUUAAUAUGUAGAAAGAUCAAUGCUGUGUUCUCGGUUCAUCCUCGUCAAAUGGGUGUUUUCAAGGGAGUAUUUCAAUGUUCUCGCCUUCACUAAGCAGCUGCGUCUUUUAUUCAACCAGUAAUUCCUUUGUUUUUAUUUCUAGAAGCUCAAAAAGUAAUGUAAAAGCUAAUAUGUAGAAAGAUCAAUGCUGUGUUCUCUGUUCAUCUUCGUCAAAUGGGUGUUUUCAAGUGAGUGUCGAGCGUUCUUGGUUGUUCUCAGUGAGUGCGAGAGUUAAGUUAAGUGUGGCAGACAUAGGCGUACGGAUCCCUUCUCAUCUGGGGCGGCUGAAAAAUGUUUUGCCUGUAAGUUCAAGUGUUACGUAAAGCCUAAAAUAUCAAAUUGAACUGAGUAAUGAGUAUGUAUGGGCUGUACUUUUAAUGUAAUACUAAGCACAUAAUAGCUGUUACUCAAACCUAUCACUCAAGGGCUAGAUAUGACUCAUGAGCCGCCAGUUCGAUAGUCCUGCCAGGCUGCUGCGAUGGCUACUCUGCUUGAAAAAUCUGUCUGCCCAUCCCUCGGCUUGUACCCCUCAAGGUGCCUUCUGCGUCCUAACACUGGUGGCUUGGGGCUGCUUGGUCUGGCUAUGAGGGGAACAAGAGUGCUUAUAAAGAGGCCUUAACUAAUGUAUGAAUCUUUUAAGUAAGAUAACCAGGCAUGUGGAGCUUGAAGAGAUGUGUUAACCAUUGAUUGAACCUCGUGUUGAAAUCAUUGAGAAAACACAUUGUCAGCUUAAAGAGUCAUAAAAGGGAGUAUGUUGCAGGGGGUAGCUAUGGAUUUGGGGCCUUAACUAAUGUGUCAGAGCUUCAAGAGACCUGUUAACCAUUGAUUGAACCUCCUCUUGCUAGCUUAAGGUCAUGAAAUCAUUGAGAACACACAUUGUCAGCUUAAAGAGUCAUAGAAGGGAGUAUGUUGCAGGGGGUAGCUAUGGAUCUGGGGCCUUAACUAAUGUGUCAGAGCUUCAAGAGAACUGUUAACCAUUGAUUGAACUUCCUCUUGCUUGCUUAAGGUCAUGAAAUCAUUGAGAAAACACAUUGUCAGCUUAAAGAGUCUUAGAAAGUGUGUGUGAAAAUGUUUAAAAAUAGACCUUUGUGAGAGGAGUUCAGUCAACCAAACCAGUCCAGCUUCAUGUAUCCAGUGUUCAAUUAUUUUUUAUAUAAUUCCUGUUUGUUAAGUCUGUAUUAUAACUCCCAGAUGACUUAGUGGGCACUGAAAUGUUGAAAAAUAGACCAUUGUGAGUGUGUUCAGACAGCCUUCCACAUCAGCCCAGCUUCCUGUAUCCAAAUUUUUUAUAUAAUUCAUGUUUUGUAGGUCUAUAUAAUUAUUUCCAGAUGACUUAGUGGGCUCCGUAAUGUUAAAAAAUAGACCAUUGUGAGUGUGUUCAGACAGCCUACCACAUCAGUCUGGCUUCCUGUAUCCAAAUUUUUUAUAUAAUUCCUGUUUUGUAGGUCUAUAUAAUUCUUCCCAGAUGACUUAGUGGGCACCAAAAUGUUUAAAAAUAGACCAUUGCGAGUGUGUUCAGACAGCCUACCACAUCAGCCCAGCUUCCUAUAUCCAAAUCUUUAUAUAAUUUCUGUUUUGUAGGUCUAUAUAAUUAUUUCCAGAUGACUUAGUGGGCACCAAAAUGUUUAAAAAUAGACCAUUGUGAGUGUGUUCAGACAGCCUACCACAUCAGUCUGGCUUCCUGUAUCUAAUGUUUUGUAGGUCUAUAUAAUUACUUCCAGAUGACUUAGUGGGCUCCGUAAUGUUAAAAAAACUAGUGUUAAUUCAGACAGCCUACCAAACCAGCCCAGCAUCCUGUAUCCAAAUCUUUAUAUAAUUCCUCUUUGUUAAUUAUGUCUAUGUUCUUCUAUAAAACCUGAAUGGUGCAUAAUUUCCCUUAGUGCAAUUUUGUUAUUCGUUAUUCAUUCCAGUUUUUAUUGUUGAUGAGGAAGGAUCGAGUGAGUGUCUCCAUCGGUCCUUGUUAAUAUAAUAAAUAUAUUUAAUGUA